AUGCCAAACACGCAGCAGGCGCGGACGCCUACAAGGAACGUGCGUGGGGAGGCACCGGUGCGCCAUUGGUUGCUGCUUGGCCACCGCAACGUCUUUGCGGACGACUCCUCGCCACCAUCGCGCACCCAGGCAGCACAGCCCAAGUCACCGAGCAGCAGUGUCAGCAAGAGCAAGAAGCAGCAGCACGGGCAGUCGUUCAAGAAGGCUACCAUCGAGUUGGCAGCACCGUUCGCCUCGCGCCGCGCUUUCAGUGCCGGCCGAUACAAGGACGCCAAUGAGGAGGAGGGCAACGUCUCCGGCAUAAGCACCGCCUACCUCACACCCGCCCCGGGGCGACCGUCGCAGAGCCCCGACGAGGACGCGGGAUCUGCACAGUGUGCACCAGCGGUCGUGGAGGCGCUCCAGAAGACGGAGGUAUGCACGCGCACUCGAAGGGAGCCUCGAGGACAACAGCACGCGGCGGAGUCGUCUGUAGUCCGGGCCACUUCACCGCUGGAGCACGCUGAGGAUGGCGCGGACGCAGUGCAGAUGCGCGACUCGUCGCACGUGCCAGCACAGGAGCGACCCGCGUCACUGUCGGGCUCUUUACUUCUCUCUUUACAAACUCCAUCCGGUGAGCACGCCGGUGAUAUGGCCCCGAGCGUCGGCGUGAUACGUUCUGCCACGACGAUUUCUGCAGCUUCUGCAGAGAACGCCUUUGUGCAACAGGCGGACGGCGGCACCCCUGCGACCAUCAAAGAUGCCGGCGCCGGCUUUGCUCUCGCAUGCGUUCCCGAAACACCAGACCGGCCAAUGCAAGUGCGCUUCUUGUGCUCCUCGAAGCCGCGGUGGCAGGGCGCGAGGACGCCCGACGAGACAGUCAUUGCAGCCAACAACGAUGGGAGCGGCGCGGACACACAUGGGGGCCGCGCUAACUUCAUUCAGUCGCAUGCACGGGACGGGGUACCCCACGAAGAGACGGGGCCAUGCGUCACCCCACCGCGCACACCGCACGCCGUGAGUACGAUCACCACGUUCAGAGAAAAGGGCGAGGAGGGCAACGGCUUUGGCGGCGAGGAUGGCGCCGUCGCCGACGCAUGCGGCUGUUUCAAUGCCCCAACGACGGCGGUGGUGGUCUGCGACCACAGUCAGGUGAACGCAUCGCUCGAGCACUUGCCACCGCCUGCGGUGCUGCCCGUUCUCCCUCGAGCCAGCGCUGCCCUUAACGCGACGGAGAAGCUCUCCACUGCGGCAGCGACAGCAUCGUUGAGGAGCAGCGGCGGCAGCCCCAUCCAACCACUGACCCCGUCGCAUCCGAAUAACCGUGAGGAGAGCGCUGGGAACGCAACGCCACUGCGUCACUCGGAUGCGGCCAAACCAGCUCUCGGGCAGAGAGGGGGCCCAGGUGAUGGUGAUGAAGAUUGUAUGCGUGUUGUGGGGCCGCACACGCCGGAUGCGGUGCGAGAAGCACUACCGUGUCGGCUGCAGAGCGCCUCUCUGUCGUUGCAGGAGAGCGUCAACGCCAUCAGUAGCUUCUUCACCCCAGCAAGUCGACCUGACUCUCGCAAGCGCGUAUUGCCGUCGAGUGGGCGGGGCCCCAGUAGCAGCUACGGCUGCUCGGAUGGCGGCAGCACACUGGAGAGCCAUCAAACCCGCCGCUUGACGCCCUACUGCGACACCGAUGAAGAGGAUGACAGCCGUGGUAUCUCCGCCUCACGGAACAUGACAAGGCCGCUCGAAGAGAGUGCGCAGGAGGUAGGGCAGCUGCACCAUUGUCUGCCCGUCGAGGACGUCGUGGCUGCCGCAGGGCUUCCAGGCGCGUGCUUGAGCAGCACCGACUCUGUUGUCACGCGAACUGCGACUCUGGUGCGGCACAGCGAUGACCUCGCAGCGCUCUCGUCGCAUGUGCAGGCGGAAGAGCCGGCUUGUCCGCGGGAGGUCGAAUGGCGCUCGGCUCUGCAGUUCAGCUAUGCCCUGCUGUCAGAGUACCAGCGCAACGUUUUGAUGGCCUUCAUGACGGCCUGCAAGGCGGCGUGGCUGCCGUCGAUGGCGAUGUGUAGACUGGGGUAUGUGUGCACACUCGCUUACACAUUGCCACGGGUGGCGGAACAAGCGCCGGCGACGAGCAUCACCGUGUCGGAGGUGCACCUCCUCUUUCAACUCUACUGCGCCAGCCCAUCAGAGAGUGCUGCUGAUCGACUUGUUGCGUGCUUCUUUACCACGCAGCUGAUGCGCUACGUGAACUGGGUGCACCAUCUCCAGUUCGAGUGUCUGUACGUGUACAUGGUGGCACUGCCGACUGUGUCCAUGAUGGAGCUGCACGAGCGCCGGCUUAUCUGCAUGCGGCGCGACUUGGGCAUCCGAGACGCCAUUGAGCUGUUCAUGCUGCUCGCCCCUCGCCCACGUGCCCCGAUGGUGUCUACAGGACGCCGUGUCUUCUCGACAUUCCGCAUGGCCUUGCACGCGCUCAGCGGUGGUGGUGGUGGCAACGCAGGUGCCACCACGGCCUCGGCGAAGCGCAGAGAGAGUUGUAGUGCGCGCACUCAGCACAAGCCAUCAUCUCCGGCGACUCCGCGCUGUGCCACUGGAUGCCAACUCAUAGCAGACGAGGAGCGGCGACAGCAUGUUCCGCCGCGUGUUGAGCCGCUCUUCGCCUCGGAAACAUGGAGCGCGCCUCGCGCCACGGGCGAGGUCAGCGCAGUAACGUCUCCCACAAACCACGGGACUGGUGGCAACCACGGAGAUGCGCGGAAUAUGCUGCGCAAGGUCGCAGGCGCCACGAACCCGCCGCCACCUGAGAUGCCCGAGCGCCAUCGUGGGACGCCGCGUCUGCUGAGCAAGACGAACGACAGCAGACCGGUGGCGGAGAGAAGUCGCGGCGGUGGCGUCUCCUCGGUAUUGUCUGCCUUGUGGCUGCCAAAGCUGAUACGAAGCACGUCGCAUACCGCGUCAGUGGCGCACAAGACACGUGAAGAGACGGACACAGUGGCUGCUAAGACGGACUGCAGCGAAGUGGAGCGACAGGAUAAGGAUGGCUUCUCCCGUCGCAGCGCCAGCAGCUUACCAUCCUCACGGUCGCAGAAUCACCGCGAGCUUCACAGGGGGAGCAGCAAGGACGCCGCGCUGCCGAAUGGCGGGCUGCGCGCAAGGGAGGCGGUGCAGCCGAAGAAACGCAGCCGCACACCACCGCCGCCGCCGACGGACGCCGAAUUUGUGAAUCUACACGACGCAGAAGUUCUGAAGCGCUUCGUGAAGUAG